AUGGCUGUGGCACCCUGGGCACUGGCACUUCCCCUGCCCCUGGUGCUCGCCCUGCUCAGCCUGGCACCGGCGCCCGCCUUAGGAGGCUGCCCAUCCGCUUGCCGGUGCUCUUUCGCCAUGCUGCAGUGCCUGGACCCCAAUGGUAUCGCCAGCAUCCCGGCACUGGUGUUGCAAGAGAGCGAGAAUGUGACGGAGAUUUACAUUGAAAACCAGGCAGCGCUGGAGAAUAUAACAGAAAUCGAUCUUCUUAACUACAGAGAGCUAAAGAACCUCACAGUCACAUCAUGUAAACUGAGGGUCAUCUCUGCCAAUGCCUUCCAAAACAACCUCAAGCUCCAGUAUGUGAACCUGGCAUCAAACUCUCUGGAGCACAUCUCCUGGAGGGUGUUUCAUUUUCUACCACUGCUCAACCUGGUUUUGAGGGACAACCCUCUCGUUUGCUCAUGUGACCUCCACUGGCUCCAGCAGUGGCAGCGGAAUGAACGCGGUGACCUGGACAACCAAAUGUUGUCCUGUUUCUCCGAUGAUCAAGAAGUACCCCUCAGUUCUUUGGUGAUAGAUAACUGCAGUCUGCCUGAGGUGACUAUCAUCGCCUCCAAAGAUUCAAAGAUUCAAGAAGGAGGCAACCUGACAUUUACCUGUCAAGUGACAGGAAGUCCCACUCCCAGUGUGAGAUGGCGAACUGAUGAGCUCUACUCUCACGUCUUUACCCAGAAGAGAAUCUGGGGCUCCACAUUAGAGCUGGUCCUUUUCCUCACCAACGUUUCCUCCAGCGACAACCUGCACAACCUCACCUGCGAGGCUGAGAACCAAGCUGGGCCCGGGGAGGAGAUGGUGCAAUUGGACAUUGAGUUCCCAGUCAAAAUUCUCUUCCUGAGGGACGCCGUGCAGCAGCACCACUGGUGUUUCCCCUUUGCUGUGGAUGGAAACCCUGAACCAAACAUCACCUGGCAGUACAAUGGCAACGAACUCAUAGAGGGUGUCUACAGAUAUACGCAGCUCAUCCCUGACUCGAGCGACGGAUCAGUGAAACACGGAUGUCUCUUCCUCAACAAGCCCACCCACAUCGACAAUGGCUACUACACUCUGAUCGCACAGAACAGACUGGGAAGGGACGAGGCCACAGCCACUGGGAAGUUUAUGGACAAUCCCUUCGACCCGCUCGAUCCUGAGGGGAUAAUUCCAGUUCCUGAUCCCAAUCCAAUUCCUACAAACAAAUCCGACAUGGACGUCACAGAGAACCCAGAGAGUCCAGUGUUUGUGGUGUCUGUGGCUGUGGGUCUUGCUGUGUUUGCCUGCACUUUUCUCCUCAUCAUGGUUUUGGUUAUUAACAAGUGUGGCCAGCAUUCCAAGUUUGGGAUUCACCGCUCAUCAGUUUUGGGCACGGAGGAUGACCUCGCCGUGUCACUUCGUUUUAUGAACUUUGGGACCAGCCCGCCUUCCUCAGAUGAAGACUCUGGUUUAUCCAGCUUUGUAGAGAAUCCACAGUACUUCUGCGGCAUCAUCAAGGAGAAAGACAUGUGUGUCCAGCAUAUUAAACGGCAGGACAUUGUGUUAAAAUGGGAGCUGGGCGAAGGAGCGUUUGGCAAGGUUUACCUGGCAGAGUGUGCCAACCUGAGUCCUGACAGCGACAAGAUGCUGGUCGCAAUCAAGACUCUAAAGGACGCCAAUGAGUCGACCCGGCAGGACUUCCAGAGGGAGGCGGAGCUGCUGACGGUGCUUCAACACCAGCACAUUGUGCGAUUCUACGGCGUCUGUACAGACGGAGAGCCGCUGGCCAUGGUGUUUGAAUACAUGAGGCACGGAGACCUCAACCGAUUUCUCAGAGCUCAUGGCCCCGACGCUCGUAUCCUGGAGGAGUCGAAGAUGCCCCCGCUGGGUCAGCUCACUCUGCCUCAGAUGCUGCACAUCGCCGCCCAGAUUGCCUCGGGCAUGGUCUACCUGGCAUCGCUGCACUUCGUCCACCGCGACCUGGCGACCCGCAAUUGCCUGGUGGGGGAGGGCCUGGUGGUCAAAAUCGGAGACUUCGGCAUGUCCCGAGACAUCUACAGCACAGAUUACUAUCGGGUGGGCGGACGUACGAUGCUGCCGAUCCGCUGGAUGCCUCCGGAGAGCAUCAUGUACAGGAAGUUCACCACAGAGAGUGACAUCUGGAGCUUUGGCGUGGUCCUCUGGGAGAUCUUCACCUACGGCAAACAGCCCUGGUACCAGCUGUCCAACAGUGAGGCCAUUGAAUGCAUCACGCAGGGACGAGAACUGGAAAGGCCACGCACCUGCCCCAAGGAGGUGUACCUGCUGAUGCAGGGCUGCUGGCAGAGAGAGCCCCAGCAGAGGAUGGUCAUCAAGGACAUCCACAGCCGUCUGCUGGCCCUGGUCAAGAACCCACCGGUUUACCUGGACAUCCUGGGCUAA